AUGGUCCAAGCCCAGUCUGAAGCGGCCAGCGUGAGGAUCAUCCUACACGAUAUUCCUGUCCUUGCCCAAGUGGAAAUACAUCUUGUGAUGGCUCGCACUGUGGAAGCUGGUCGUCGGAUGGUUUCUUGGAUUGCUGACCACCUUUCUGCUGUCAUUCCUCAUGGUUUGACUGCACGCAUUCUGUACAAUGACCCCGCUGUCCGCGAGGACUUUGGUUUGGGUCACCCACCGGAUGGUCUCCCUGACAUUGAUGCGCAGUCGUCCUACCCCCAUUUCCCUGGAAUCGUGUUCCUUAGUUUUGCUUUAUUGCCUUCAGGAACCUUGCACCUUCGGGUUGAGACAUUGUGCAACACGGCUCACGAACUGUAUGAUGUCAUGCGCGGGAUCACCGGUAGAUGCGAGUUGGCAGAUGGUACUUUGAGGCGGUUACAGAUCAUAUUUGAGGAGUUAGAAAUAGCAUUCGGGCUCAUAGCAUUCCCUCCUCUGAUAACCAGCUUCCAAUUGCUGUCGGACUAG